CCUUUUCUUAAAAUAAAACAAAACAAAAAAGGUCCAUCAAGCAUACCAAUUAUACAGAGUAUGCAAGACUAUUUCCACUUUGUUUAUAUCUCAUCCCUUUUCAAUGCAAAGUGUUUACCAAUUGAUUCCUUGCGUUCAACCUUUCCUCAAGUAUUAACAUUUCACUAUUUCAAGAUCAAUGAUCUCCCUCCUCUAUCUAUCUGAUCCUCCCAACAUACUUUGAUAUAUGAUUCCUCGGCAUUGUGCAACCAAAGGAUCAACAUUGAUCAACACAUCCUGACUUCGCUGGCACCAUUCACUAUCAGCUCAUCAUUCUACCCCAGCCCUCUGAUCAUUCAUAGGAGUAUUAUUCCUCGGUGGACAAUCUUUCUAUGUGAAUUAUCUUGUUGCGUCCCUCUCAAGAAACAAACUGAUAAUAAAUCAUAGUUGAUUUGACUAACAGACACCAACUACUAUAAAAGACUUCCUCGAAUCCUGCAAGCUGGGACACUGGGACUUUCCUGAGACAAACAAAUUCCAAAUACACAAUCCAAUACUCUAUAAGCAUCGUGAAAAAUGACAUCUAUUGCAUCUCCCAUAGCAACACAUCCACCCUCCAACGAACCUUCUCCUCAGCGCGGCCGUAAACGACGUCGAUCCUCCGCUGCUUCUCCACCACCAGCAACAACCAGUACAUCCACCAACUUUCGAGGCCGAGUUCGUCAUCGAUCACCUCAUACUUCUCAUCUACUUACAUCCUCACCGAGACCAUUAUCCUCACCUCUCAACCCCAAAACAAGCAACCCAACCACAACAUCACUUGCAGCCACAGCUCCUAAUACCAAAUAUCAGAAGACGCGCUCUACAGCCACAACGACUAGUUCUUCCCCUUCAUCAUUUAUCUCAAUCCAUUCUCCACGUUCAAAGACUAGGAGAAGUCAAUCGCCCUCUCGCUCGCGUAGCAAGGGUCACUCCUCUGACAGGGAUGUUCCACGGCGGAGACAGAGGACGAGAAGUAGAAGCCGAGCGCAUAGGGUUUCAAUUGAUGAGAAGGAUGAUAGGAAGGGAAAGUUGAAAACUUUGUCCGGAAUAGAAGGGACUUAGGAUUUAAUAGGCUGAGAAAGUGAUUGAUUUAAUCUGCAAACAGAGCCAAGUUGGCCGUGGACACUUGAGAAGUUACCUCACUUGAGUUUGGUGACUACAUCUCGGAAAAUCAAGAACCUUGAUUAAGAUUUGUUUCUCGGAUACCAUAAAUAUAGGUGUCUUUUUCAAUCAUGGUCAAGGGAGCAAGGAUGCGUGAACUGCAUGAUGGGUAUAUUAAUGGACUCGACAUGGAAUAAAAGAGCUUGCUUUUCUCCCAUUCAAGAAAUGAUGCACAAGAAGAUAUCAGGUUGACAUCUACCCCAUAUUCCAUGAUGUUCAUGUGUAUAUGUAUGUAAUUCGCAAAACGAUCUGAUCGAGUACUCCGUCCGUACUAUAUACAUGCCAAGCCUACCUCACUCACUUCCA